AUGGUUUCCUUUAAGAAGAUGACUUCGGUCUUCACCUCCCGUCUCGCCAACCGUCGCUUCGCCUUUGCUCUCGUCACAUUAGCAGUAUGCGCCGCAAAAGGCAUUCAUCUUCACAACCACAGGUCAUCAGUCGCACCCAAACGCAUGCUUCUGUUCUUCUUCUCUUUCUUCACGCAAGACAUCCUACUACUUCUCUUCAUUCGCCUCCUCCUCAGCCACUGGGUCCCCAGCUUCCCCGGCAAACUACGCUUCUGCAUCACAACGCUUGCGAGCUGCUUGAUUGCUUACAAUGUCGCGCUCGGUUUGGUAUCGGUGUCAUUUUACAUCGUUGCAGGUUCAGAAAUUCACUGGCGCAACAUUGGGUUCAUCGCAGAUCCAUCAGCUAGAGCGAUCAUGAUGUCUGGUUUAACUGCGUUUUUGGGAGUCUUGACGCUUUGUUUGUGUCUCAGCGGUGUGUUGCAGAGCGCCUGCUAUGGAUUGUUUGGUUGGGGUGGUGACAUCGUCAACUGGCCUAUCAACUUCAUCUGUCGCAAGCUCGGACUUUUUGACAGUUGGAGAAGAACCUACGACCAACUUCCGCAACGAGAGAACUUGCCGCAAUGGAAUGACGGCAGCGACAGUGGAUCAAGCUAUGAUGAUGUUUCCGAGGACGAGUACAAGGAGAAGAUUACGGUUGCGACACGUCGUUCAUCGAUGGGAUUCGAGAACAGCAGCAACUCAACCAAGCGCUCCAAGUGCAUGCGCUUUCUCCGAUUUCUGCCAUAUCCCAUCGUCACCAUUCUCUUGACGGCUCUUUUCACGCUCACGCUACUACGACCCAAGGAUCCUUCGCUCAUCUUCCUCUCAUGGACCAGUGGACUGUUACCUUUCGUCGACUUUGCCUCAACUUCGCCAUUUCUCGAUGAUCUCCCUUCGGUGUUCGGAAAGGGAGUGCAGCACAGCUGGGACGACCGCACCGCUCUUCAGAAGCCUGCACCUCUGGACUGGCUUCCAAAGGGUACUCCUCUGGUGCCAGCUGACCAGCCUGAAGGCUUCCGCGACUGGUACGGCGACGAACCACGAUACAGCGCCAAAUCCGACCCGUUGAAGAUUUCCAACCUGGAGGAGCCCUUGCGAGAAUCUCUACGGGGCAAGUUGCAGGAUCUUAAUGUUCGACACGUCAUUAUGUUCUUCCUCGAAAGCACCAGAAACGAUGUUUUCCCCAUCAAGAAGGACGGCUUGAUCUGGAAUCGAUUCGCCGAAACGUUUCCCGACAAGAAGCUGCCGCAAGAGGUCCAGGACAAACUGGCCAGUUUGACACCCACGGCGAAUUUCAUCACAGGCGACUAUGAAGAUGGCUUCGAGCACGCCGACAAGCCCAAGCGUGGAGGAAUUCACUUUACCAACGCCCACACAGCCGGAACAUAUACGCUCAAGAGCAUGACCGCUACAAUCUGCGGAAUGUCUCCUCUCGUUGCAGAUUUUAACCUCGAGCAUAGCCACCACCUGUAUCAGCCUUGUUUACCGCAGAUUUUCGAAGCCAUGAACGUUGCAGAGAACAAGGAGAAGGAGGACAAGUGGAACUCGUACUUUUUCCAGGCCGCGACACUCGAUUACGACAAUCAGAUGAACUUGAUGGGAGCCAUGGGCUUUCCCAAGAACCACACUAUUGGACGCGAAUAUCUUCGUAGCGAUCUCGCGAAGCAUGGACCUGUCACACUACCCAAUAUCAACGAAUUCGCUUUCGAGGAGGAUCCAUUGGAGGACUAUAUCACCGAUAUCUUCGAGGACGCGGUGAAGGACAAGAGCCGUGUAUUCCUCACUCAUCUUACGAGUACCAGCCACCAUCGCUUCCACAUGCCCAAGACUGAGCCAUACACGCCUUUGGCCAAGGGUCUGGACAUGAUGUCCCGGUACAUCAACACAAUCGGCUACGACGACAGAUGGAUCCGCAAGGUCCUCAACAUUCUCGACAAGCAGGGCAUCGCCAACGAGACAUUGGUCAUCUUCCAGGGCGAUCACGGUACAUCACUACCAGAAAAUGACUACGCUUCACCAUACUAUAACCCGAAUAUCGGCGUCGACCAUGUCCCUCUAAUUCUCUCACACCCGCAAUUACCACCCUUUGACGUCGACGAGGCUGUCCACUCGACUCAAAUCCUCCCUACCAUCCUCGACAUCCUCCUCGAGACAGGCUCUCUCAGUGAAACAAGUCGCAAAGCAGCCACCGACCUUAUCGGCAACUACGAAGGCCAAUCCCUCCUUCGACCUUUAAACACUAUGAACAACGCCACCGGGCAGGGCCAGUGGCAAUUUACCGUUACAAAUCCCGGACGAGCAAUGCUUACCGUUCGCGACGCGCGGUACCCCAACCGACAUCUCGUUGUGCCGGUUAUCGAAAACGUGGACUGGAGACUUUCGGAUCUCGAGAAAGAUCCGCAUGAGCACGAUUCAGUGCAGAGUCUUGAUUUCACAGCUUUUAUACACGCUGUUGAUGAAAAGUAUGGACGAGAAGUCGCCGAGUGGGCGGAAGAAGGUGCUUUUGUCACGAGAUGGUUCGUUAAGGAGAAUAGCAGGCGUUGGCGGUUUGAAACAGAUCACUAG